AUGGGUUCGAAUCCACAACCACACCUUCAAGUUUCACUUUUAUCUAACAGGAGACAUGGAAGAAGACGCGACAACCCUAGGAGUUCUGGCGAAUCCAGCGACACUGAGAGCGCCGUUGGCGGUCGGGAACGCUCGCGUAUCGCGCAGAUCAGCGCAAGGAUGAGAUCUGUUCUGCCGAAAGCUAAAGACAAGGUGCAAGCGACUGAAACUCAGAUGGAAACUGAAGAGAAGGCCGAGGAGAAAAAAGGCAUAGUUUACGCUGAAUUAGCACUUGGAGACCAAACAUCUACGGAGAAGCCGCAACCACCUUCGACUGAGUACGCUGAGAUCGUCUACAACGAGCAGCCAAAAGAAAAUAAAGAAUAA